GUGACGUCAUUUAUGGACGGCACCCUAUACGGAGGAAUCUUGGUCUUCGGGGCUAGCGGUUGAUAAGGCGUGUCUGUCUAAUAGUAGGCGGGGCUAGUUGUUGUGUGGGCGUGUCUAUGCAAAAGUGGGCGGUAAUGCCACCUGUCUGUUGGGCUGCAGUUUGACGUCGCCGGAGGAAUCUGAUAGGCUUGACGUCACACGCCUGUGGCGGCACUGACGCGGGGAUGUGGGCGGUGAGGAGGAGGAGCAGGAGGAGGAGGGGCGGUUAGAGUCACGUGACACACGUGACGCCGUCUUCAAGCCUCAGGCUUGCGUCCGACCCCCCCCCAAGGUAACCCGCGUCAGCAGUGAGUGCGCGUCCGCGUGGGUGGACAAGAGAGGGGCACGUGGCAUGCGGCGUCAUUGCGGUCCCACAUCCUGCUUUGGACGGUCCUGCUUUCAGAGCACACUUGCCCUGACAGUCUGUUAAAGGCUACACUGGGGAGGGCGGAUCUUUGUCCUUGUACCCAUCGAGAUGGCCGCUGGAAGGCAACCGCUGCUCUGGGAUUGGCUGAGCGACCUCGCGGACAGUGGCAGCUACGGCCUGAGCUGGGAAGACGCGGAGCGGACCAGCGUGCGGAUCCCGUGGCAUUCCACGUCGGCGAUCCCGGAUGGAGACUCCAUCUUCAGGGGCUACGCGGUGCUGCGCUGCCGCGAGGGCUUGACGUCGCCCGCCACAUGGAGGCAGUCCCUGCGCUGCGCCCUGCACAGCGCUCUGCACUGCGUCUGCAACGGGGCCGACCUCAAGCCGCCACAGCCAUUCCGCGUCUACGCGCAGCUCAAACGGCGCCCACCCCCGAUUUUCCCGGCCCCUCCGGACACGGACGACGUGGCCGUGAACGUGCCGAGGAAGACCGCCAAGGGUCACGAGCUGGAUCAAGCCCAGAUUUCCCUGGCCUCUCUGAGCCCUGAAAAUGUGACCAUGCAUCAAGCUAGCACCCUGCGGCUGACGGUCACUUACCGGGGCCUCCUCGCGCUUUCCCACGUCGUGGGCCCUGAGUCGAUGGCCUGUGACUCCUCCUACGCCUGCCUCCUCUUCCACGGCACCUGGGACCGCGGGGAGGUGAGCAGAAACUUCCUGUCGUCGAAGGAGCCCCACCUGGUUCCCGUGAUGCUGCCUCAGCCACCAAAAGGUGACUCCAUGAGUGGCAGUGACCGCAGAGAGGUGCAGGAGAGGCUGGAGCUCAUGGACAACGGGCUGCUGCUGGAGGUGACUCCGCUGGGGAUUUUCUGCACCCGUCUCUGCCGUUGCCGUGUCUACGUUUCUGGACCCGAGACCCAGACGCCGCAGAGAGACCCCCAGUCCCUGCCCAGGCCCAAGAGCUCUGGGAGCGCCCGGCACCUCCUCUUUGACUUCAAAGAAUUCCAACGCAAGAUGGAGGACUACAUCAGGACCCCCCUGGACAGCCUCCUGCAUGCCCCCAGUCACGAGGUGACGCUCUGCAUCGGCACAAAGUGGCCAGACGGGGAGGAAUCUCACAGGAAGCCCAUCAUCGUGCGGGUGGAGCACUUGAGGUCGCACGCCAUCGUCGACGAGGUCAAGCGCUUGGGCGUCUGCCCGCGGGACGCUCAACCCGACUGCUCGGACCCCAACUCUGCCGACAGAUUCCUGGAUUUGCUCAAGAAACUCGAGCUGGGGAGCAGUGCCUAUGACCAGCAGCAGCAGUAGCAGCAGUAGCACCAACAGCAGCACCACCAGCAGCAGCAGUAGCCCCAGCAGCAGCACC